CACGACACGAGAUGGGUCUCAAAGCCUCCCUUUCUCUCCUCUCCCUCACCAUCUUACUCGUCUUCUCUAAGGUCGUUACGGCGAAUAACAUCACGCUGGCCUUUCAGAAAUACUCCAAAUUCAGCACCAUGAGGGACCUCUUCAUCAAGACCAAGCUCAUUGCAGCCAUCGACAAAUACCAGACGAUAACCGUGCUUGCUGUUAGCAAUGACGCUAUCAGCUCCAUCACUAACAGAUCCGAAGUUGAGCUCAGGAACAUCCUCAUGACUCAUGUUAUUCUUGACUACUACGAUGAGCUUAAGCUUCAGGGGAUGAGGGAGAAGAGUAUAAUGCUUACUACCUUAUACCAAACCACCGGGUUGGGUGAACAGAUGAAUGGUUUCUUGAACGUUUCCAAAUCAAAAGGAAGAGUUUACUUUGGAUCGGAAGUGAAGAACUCUCCUUUAAACGCUGAGUAUGUCUCGACGGUGUACCACAAUCCAUAUAACCUCUCUAUCAUCCAGAUUACCAUGCCAAUAGUGGCUCCUGGACUCAGCCUUGCAAUUUUCCCACCUCCACCACCAUACGUUCAUGUAGCUCCAUAUCCAACUCCCAUGGAUGCUUCAGUGGUUCCAGCUCCAGGACCAGCUGCUGAUGACAAUUCCCCAGAUUCUGCUGUCCCAAAAACUCCACCUGCACCUGCAACAGACACACCAGAGGCUGAUUCUCCAGCUCCUGCUCCAAGCGCCGAUAAUGAGAAGAUUGAAGCUGCUGAUAAGGCUAAACCAUCUUCUUCUGCUUCUAAGGCUGGUUGGAGCUUUGAUGUUAUUCUCUUGUUAGCAUUUUUGGCUAGCUUUGCUGGGUUCUAAGAUUCGGGUGAUGUGGGUUAAAGACAAUAAUGGUAGGUGAGAUUCAAAACAAUUUUUCUGUAGCUUUUAGCCAAGAAGAGAGACACGGCCAUUGGAAGUGAAAGAAACCUAAAUGUAAUGAGCUUUCUACUCAUCAUGCAUUGUAUUUAUCAGCCAUUUUGAAUGCAAAUGUGAUGUUUGUCC